AUAGUAAACUAGAAUAAUGAAAAUAAUUUAAAAAAAAGCAAACGGCAUCAAAAUUCAGCAACAUAUACAACUUCGUUACACACUUUCACCACGUAACUUUCUCCCAUCAAAAAUCAUCUCUUUUACAAAACAUUUUAAGUUUCUGGAAACAUACGUCUCCAUGGUUACCAUAAAGCUGAGGGAAACAAAGUUUUCGUUUUGCUGAAUGUUGCCAUGGCAGCGGCGGGCUCAAAGAAGUCGGACCGAGAGCUUUGCUUACUUACUGCUGCUUCUGGAGAGUAAUAAGUUUCUAUAAAAAAAUCCAUCGUUGUUGGUCGGCGGAGCAACCGUAGCCAAGGAUUCGACUUUUUCCGUUGCCAUGACGGAAAAUGAGUCGGCGUAGCCAUAGCAACACGAAAAUCACCAAGGCAACAACAAACCGAAAAUGUGAAAAUUUUGUAUUCUAUUCCGUCGUCGCCAGCUGAGUGGACAAGUUUUGUUGCGUUCGCAGUUUUAUAUAGUGAGUGAAUCGGUGGAAAAUUGGAAAUUUAAAUUUUAAGGUUCGGAAACUUUUACAACAGUUUUCUUCGCCUUCCUUUCGGUCUUUGACCUCAGCUGCCUGUCUCCUUCCUCUUCUGCUCGUCCAUCCAUCCAUCCUUCGUUCGUCAUCACCACUUUCUUCUUGACUUUCAACUCUUUUUUGACUUUGCUGAUCUGAAAAAACCGAGCUUAUCAUCGUACAUAAAUACCUACAUACAUAUCGCUGAUAAGAAGACAUCAGAGUUCCUUCCUUCCAUGUGAAUAUCAUGAGGAUGGCGAAAGUAUCAAAUAAAUGUCACGCAAAACGGGGAAGAGGUCACACGUCCGUCGCCCUUGAAGUGCACAAGCAAGAAAUAAUUCAUCAAGAUGACGACGACGAUGAAGAACAUGACGAUUUCCGGAUGGAUGACGAAGAUGUAGUGGGCCCAGCGUCCUUCAGCCUUGAAGAUCCUGGAGAACUGUGCUUGGACAAAGUAGUGGGAGUGGACGGUCUCCUCGGCAGCAUUCAACCCGUAAUCCCCGACAAAAUCCCUCCUAUUUCCAACGAAUCUUUCGAACUGACAACACGAUCUGGUCGGAGGAUUUCACCACCAAAGAAGACACCCGUCAUUCUUCCCCCAGAACUAAAAUCAGAAUUUGCACCCCAUCAACAGCCCUCGCUAACCUUCACGGUAGGGGCGAAAGACAGGGGCGCUCCGCCAAAGAAAGUUCCAAAGGUUACUCUCAAACUGGGAGGAUCACCGUCGCCAUCGUCGGAAAAUUCGGGAAAUAAAAGUUCCAUAUCGAUAAGCACCACGACCAGUAGUAUGAAGUCGAAAUCGAGUGCGAGACAGUCACUGGGGGCGGCGGGACAAGCUGGAGCUGUGGGUUCCACCGUAGUCGCGGUGAAUAAUGGAGGAGGAGGAGGAAAGGAGUCGUCAGUAGAUCAAGAGAUCUCGAGCGGGGGACCCAGAACGCCCGGGACGCCAUCAGAUCUCGGAUCUGCCACACCGAAUCCUCCUACGCCCGGAAAUACCAGUUCUAGCGGAAUGGUAAACUCACCCCAUCAAUAUGUCACAAUCACGGUGGAUGGUGAAAGCGGGGUGGUUACAGACGGAGGCGUCGGAGCAACCCCAUCGUACGUAACAUACCUUGAAGACUCUGGUGAUCAUUCCUCUAUUUAUGCUGCUGCUGCGGCUGCUGCGGCUGCUAAUGGACAUACAAUGGCGUAUCCGGUAUACAAUGUUGGCGAUGCUGGAGCCAUAUACGCUUCUGGAUCUGGACAGUAUUACUCGAACAGUUCAGGACCUCCGUAUGGUCAGGAUGAAUCCGAGGAGAGGGAUGAUAUCGGAGAAGGGCGGGCAUUAACGACGGCGGAAAUAAAUAGCAUUUUGUCUGGAGGGGACUCAUCCGCCAUGUCGUCCUCAUCACCUGAAGCCGACACCUCCAUGCACCACAACCAACAGCAUCAGCUCCACCGUCAAGCUUUACUCGACGGUGGCGUCUACAUGGUUCCGACGAAUGGAGGCGUAAAUGGGAUCGUGGGCUCAGAGUGUGACGGUCCGCACAAUCUUUCCCAUGCGACGCGAGUAUCUCCAACAACUUCGCCACCCUGUCGAAAGCGGAGUUUGUCGACAAACUUGCACGAAAUCGAGCGCCCCGACCUCGCCCAGUUGGACGGCGGGACGAGCGAGAAUUCGGAGGAUGAAGACGAAUACGACAACAUGGACCAGCGCGCGGUGGAUUGUCAAUUUAAUAACGACGGGGGCGACGGUCUCCUCGCAAGUUUGGGCCUGACGGACAUGGAAAUGUCGACUUUUUCCAAAAUGACGAAAUCCAACAGUCUUAUUUCCUCCAACGGCACCUUCAAACCUUGUCCCCUCGCUGUUCAAUGGCUUUUGGACAACUAUGAAACCGCGGAAGGCGUGAGUCUGCCGAGGUCCACGUUAUACAGUCACUACUUGCGACACUGCUCGGAUGACAAAUUGGACCCCGUGAAUGCCGCCUCGUUCGGAAAACUGAUCCGCUCCGUGUUCGUCGGAUUGCGAACGAGACGGCUGGGAACCCGUGGAAAUUCCAAGUAUCACUAUUAUGGAAUUCGAAUCAAACCAUCCUCCAUGCUGAAUCAUUUACCUGAAGAGUUCCACUUCCCCUCUGCCAUUGGACACGGACGCAUCAAUUCUGGCGGGGGUGGGGGUCGCGGAGAAAAUGGGGGCAGCUCUUCUGGCGGUUUUGGAAGUAAUAAGCGUUUGAAAACUGGAAAAAGCGAGAGUUACGAUGGAUCUCAUUCGAACGGAUUUGCCAUCAGUGAUAGCGUGACUGUGCAGCAAUACCUCGGAGACCCGACCGGGCAACUGGAUGAUUUCCCCGAGUUGGAUUUAGACGCUGCCGUACCCGAAGGGCUGGAGGAUAAUGACUUGCACAUUUUCGGAUCGUUGUACAAGGAGCAUUGCGAGUCACUGAUGGAGACGUUAGCAAGUUUCCAGUUGGGUCAGAUUGAAGGAAUUUGGAAGUUCUUCUGGAGAACGGGUGGCGACACGGAGUCAAGCUUGGAUUUUGAAAAGAUACUUCCAAAGGAAAAAUUGAUACUCAUGUGUCAAAUGAAAGCCGUGCAAGAAUUUGUGAAGGAAGUAGAUUGGAUGUUGUACCAAAAAUUGGUGGGAAUCCUGCUUCCCGACGUACUUCGACCCAUUCCAAGCACAAUGACGCAAGCGAUACGUAAUUUUGCGAAAACUUUGGAAAAUUGGAUGACCGCGGCGAUGCUAGGGUUUCCCGAGGAAAUGGUCGUCAUCAAAAUUUCCAUUGUGAGCGCGUUAGCUCAAACGUUACGUCGCUACACGUCACUCAACCAUUUGGCGCAAGCUGCCCGUGCUGUCCUCCAAAACCAAACGCAAAUUACUCAAAUGCUAUCUGAUCUGAAUCGUGUUGAUUUCCACACAGUUACCGAACAGGCUUCUUGGGUGUGUGACUGUAGCGGUGAGAUCGUCCCUGCAUUGGAACAAGAUUUUAAAUCUACCCUGAGUCAACAACAGACACUGGAACAAUGGGCAGCUUGGUUGGAGGGAGUGGUCGAUCGAGUCCUCCGACCACACUUGAACACUCCGAAAUAUGUCCAAACCGCGCGACACUUCCUUCUCAAAUGGUCGUUUUAUAGUUCGCUAGUUAUUCGUGAUCUCACCUUGAGAAGUGCAGCCAGUUUUGGUUCUUUCCAUCUCCUCCGGUUACUUUAUGACGAAUACAUGUUUUAUUUAGUGGAACACCGAGUUGCUCAAGUGUCCGGCAUUGUUCCCAUCGCUGUAAUUGGGAAGAAAUCCUCCGAUAAAUCAGCCAUCUACCCGUCAAACGGUGACUCCCCGGAAUCUCAAACUAUGCUGAACGGGCAUAGUAAAGCCACCAACUUGACGAACAGCAGUACUUCAAAUUCUUCUGGCGAUGGUGAAACUCAAGAUAUGAUAAUUAACAACAAUACCCCCGUGAAGUCAGAGUUUAACAGAAGAACGAAGCAUUUUCUCACGUCGUAAAAAAAUAUCGGUGUCAGUUUGAAAUUCAGAAGCUUUUACAUGCUGCUUUCACAUGUCGUGCAUACGUACCUAGUUUGCUUAAUUCAGAUUGUUAUUAUGUUUUUACUAAAUAUUUAGUUGUUAUUUCUUGCUACUUUUUGUACUGAUCGUUUAUAUCACAUCACAUCCGUCAAUUAGUUAGUUAGUUAAUAAUUGUAGUCUAUCUGUAAUAAUGCCCAAAGGUGGGGAAAAUAAUUUGUCAAAAUAGAGCACUUUGAGCUCCGUUCUUCCCAGGGUUUAGAUUUCCGGGGGUGUUACGCCCCCAAAAAGACGAAAAUCUACGUGGGGAAGGGCAGAGUCAGUCGAAAAUAGAGGUUUUGUGCAGAAAUUAGCUUUUCAUCCCUGCAAAAAUGCAUUGUUUAAAAACAAUCCCGAAAAUAUAUUGAUAUCGAUAAAACGUUAAUUUCUGCACAAAACCCAUAUUUUCGUACGACUGUCGCCUUCACCACGUAGAUUUUCGUUUUUUUUCUGGGUGUAACACCCCUGGAAAUUCAAACCUUGGGAAGAACAGAGCUGAAAACACUGUAUUUUGACCAAGUUUUUUCCCAUCCUUAAAACGUCUUACGCAUUUAGUUUCUGUCUCGUUAAACUUACAUAUAAAGUCGUCUGCACUAUAAUAACAUUUCAGAUUUGUGAUAAUUUUAGUCAGCUACAUAAAAGUUACUUUCAAAAAUUAUAGACUUUAACAUUGUAUGUAUUUACAAAUACUUAUGGAUCUAAAUCUCAAUAAUUAUUAAUUAUUAUCAAGGAAUAACUCUUCUCAUAUUUCAAUACACUUUACUACUUAAUUUCUAAAAUGUGCAAUCUAUAAAUUAUGUAUAAUCAUUAUCAUUAUUAAGCCUUUCGUACAGGGUAUUAUGUAACCUACUUAGGAAAAAAAAUUCCACUUUUUCUCUGUUAAAAAGUGAAAUAAUAUAAUUAUUCCAGCCAAUAAUAUUACCUAUACAUCAGCAUCGACCAAAACUUUACCUACUACUUUUAAAGUAGUUCACAUUCAGUGUUUCGUUUCUUACGGGUUUGCUCCAUGUUUUGCAAGAAAUGCGAGGUGCAAGAAACUACAAGAAAUAUGCACCAGCCAGCCACGCGACAGAUGCGGGACGUCGUUUCUUGCGCCUUGCAUUUCUCCCAGGUCAAAAUAUUUACCUGCAAGAAAGCACUUUCUCCUCCCCCUUAUUUCGUGCAAGUUAUACUAGCUCCCGAAAAACUGUUCACAUUUCCAUGCAUUUUUUUCAAUAUUGUAUGUAAAACGACCAAAUUAAUUGGUCCACCAACCUUUGUACUUUAUUAUACAGACUUGUUUUCACCAAUGUUUAAUUCUUAAAAAAUGGGGGCUUUGCCGUCCUCAAUGUUUAACAUAGUUUUGAAAAGAUGCACUUUACGAAUAAUUUAAAAUUAUGCAGUGUAUAUAUGUACAUUGUACACAAAACUUCUCAAGAUAUUCAAUACAUAUUUACUUGUUUAUUGAUAAAUAUAUGUACACAUGUAUCAUUUCAUUGUACUGUACUUUGUAGUCUGAAUUGUAGCAGGUGUACAUAAUUAAUAAUUAACUAAUUAAUGAAUGUCUUUUAAAUAAAACCUCUCCGACUAAACAAAACAA